CUUUCACUCUUCACACAUCUUCUCUAUAUCCUCUUACUUUCUGAUUUACUAGAUCCAAAACAGAUACACUCGCAGACAAAUCAUCAUCUAAUUCACAGAAAUGGCAAAGCAAAAAAUUGUGGUCAAGGUCACAAUGAACACCAAAAAGAAAGCUAGUAAGGCUCUUCAAAUCGCCGUUAGUCUCUCCGGUGUGGAAUCAGCUUCUUUCCUAGGUUCAGAUAAAGACCAGAUAGCGGUGACCGGAGAAGGAAUUGACUCAGUUGAACUGACGACCUUGCUAAGGAAAGGUGUCGGAUACACAGAACUAGUGAGUGUUGGUCCGGUGGAGGAGAAGAAACCAGAUGCGGCAAAGGAAACAAAUCCCACGGUGGCCUCACUAAAUUUUAAUCCGUACCAAUACUACUACGGCAUGUAUGGGAUGCCUUACUAUGAAUAUGCAUAUGAGAUUUGAGAUAUUAUUAAAUGAAACAGAGUGAAAAGAAAUUAGCUUAAAUUUUUAUUAGGGAAUUUUGCAUUGUAUAAAAUAAGAUCCCCUUGAUAUACAUAUUGUGUUUGUAAUAUAUGAGAAAACCAAUUUUGCGGCUAC